AUGUCGGAAAGAUUUCGACUAAGUGUUGGAGUGGUUUUGAGGCCGCAGUACGAGCACAGUGUGGCAUCAAAUGCCGCAUUGACCGCUACACAACGAUUUCUGCACGUUUGUGAUGGUAACGACAGUAUUGAGCACCUUUCAAAAUCUCUAAAUGAUUCUUUCAACCGAGCGCUAGGAAAAACUGUAAUUGGCAAUAAAAAUAUGCUGGCUACAAGCGAUUCCUAUGUGAUCAAUUCGGCAUAUUCUGUUAGAGACGUGUUUGAUGUAAAAGACAAGCUCUACUGGGUUGUAGAUCAAGUUCAACCGCUUGGCUCAGUUUCGUCCACAAAUGGCAAACAUCAAUCCAGGACGCAUGCUAGUGCUGCUUCUGAAACCCGCAAUCUCGCCAGCUCGGGUGAGUCUCCUGUAUUAUCUGAACCAGCUCGUCCUCUCCAGGUACCUGACUCUACGCCAGCUAUGGAUUCGGUUCCGUUGGCUACGUUUGCAAGAGACAGGGCUCUUGAGAACAGGUCUGGAAAACAACCCAAAAAUGCGGAACGACCAGCAGCUUCAAAGAAAACACAAAAGGAUAGCUCAAUUCCUAACAAUGGGGACUCACCAAAGGCUUCUGCAAAAAACAACGUCUUGGAUCUGAAAUCAUUGGAUAAAAGGGUCACCAGCCAUCAAGAUUUCUCUGCUUUAGAUGAAAUUUCCAGUUUUGGAAGUGUUCAAGAAGCAGAAAUUCCGAUCCGGGAUUUUGUUAUCAAUUUUUGGAAGCGAGACGGUCUGGUCGCUAGUAAGUCUGUGCUGAAUAGGGAGAUUCAAGAGCUCAAAGAAAAGUGGGGGGUUAUCAAAUCCAGUUCCACGAAUAGAAACGAAAUGAUAACUCGUCUAAUUGAUAGUUUCCCGGAUAUUCUCGCUCGUGAUAAGAAAAAAAGAGCAAUCAAAGCAGCCAAGUUCAAGGAAGCCAAAGAGGCUAGAGAAGCUAAAGCCAAAGAAUUGAAAAAUAACGAAAUCAAAGCGAAGGAAGUAAAAGCCACGGCAAUUGAAGGCUCAAGCGAGACCCAGGAUAUUGAAGAAACCAGGGCCCAGUCCGGAUCACCUCUGUCUGAGCCUGAGAAAAAUACUCAGGGUCUUGUGGCUAGCCAUAGCGAAGAGCCUUCGAGUGAAGCUGUGGCUAGCGAAUCUCAAGUGGACAAAAUUUCUUCUAAUGAGGUUCAGGUAAAUGAGCCUAAUGCGGUUACCAAAGCUAAUGUUUCCAUUGCUCCCCCUAAGACACCAUCAGGACUUAAACCAAUUGCUCAGUCGACACCCGCGGUCAAUCAAAAUAAUAAUAAUAACAAUCAGUCGGAUUCUGAGCAGUCUGAUACGGUUGUAACGGGUAAAAAACGACCUCUACGGCGUAAAAUCAAUCGCGUUGUAGCUCUCGAAGCUGAAACACCCAUUGAACGGAAUGUCGACAAUACCAUCCGAUUUGGAACUGCUCCAGAUUCGGAUUCGGAGAACAGCGAUGGAGGACCGAUUCGCAAACGGCGGGCAGUUGCUCCUCCGCGCUCUGCCACGCCUGACGAAAGUACUCUGCGAGCUCCGCUUACCCCCACUCCUGCAAAGAAGCCAGUCAACACACCAACCAAAAAGCCCAAUGAUUCACUGAAACCUACGCCCAAAUCUGUGAUCAAACCACAAGAAACGCCGUUGUCAAAGCCCUCAAAACCAAGACAUAGCAUCGGGUUACGCUCACUGUCGGCACUGGAAAAUAUCGAUACUGACGUGCACGAAGGCAGGUCCAUGACUACCUCCAAUCCUAACGUCACACCCAAAAUACCUGAUCCGCCAGAGACUUCAGAUGAAGAGAGUUUAUCUGAAAGCUCCGAUGAUAGCUCUAGCGACAGUUCGGACAGUGAUAGUGGGAAUGAGUCCGUCCCACAAAAGAAGAUUGCAGGUAAACGCGAAAAAGAAAAACGCAAUCGCAGCGGAUUCUCAGGGCUAUUGUCAGACUCGUCGAAACUCAGAUGA